UCAGCAGGAGCAGGUCUACUGCAGUCAGCCCUGUGGGGAGGGCAGAGAUCACAGAUCUUCAGGCUUCCCCACUGGGAGGGAAGCGCUCUGUCCCUAGUCCCAAGCUCGGUCUGCCACUCUGAGGCAGGUGGCCGGUCACUGAGCAGAGGCAGUUGGGCUACAGGAACUGACAUUACGCAUAGAAGCUCUGGACCAAGCACUGGACCAGCCACCAGCUCCAGCUCUACAGUCCACCUCCUGCCUUCUGCCUGGUGAUGGAAAACCUGAGCGCCACGGCUGCCCCAGGCAGUGCUCUCUGGGCCCUGCUCUUGGCUACCCUGGGCUCCACCGCAAGCCAGCCACUGGGGGGAGAAUCAGUCUGCACAGCCCGCCCUCUGGCCAAGUACAGCAUCACCUUCUCCGGCAAAUGGAGCCAGACAGCCUUCCCCAAACAGUAUCCCCUGUUCCGACCCCCUGCGCAAUGGUCCUCCUUGCUGGGGGCAGCUCACAGCUCUGACUACAGCAUGUGGAGGAAGAACGAGUAUGUCAGCAAUGGCCUGAGGGACUUUGCAGAGCGUGGUGAGGCCUGGGCACUCAUGAAGGAGAUUGAGGCUGCAGGAGAGAAGCUCCAGAGUGUACAUGCGGUGUUCUCAGCCCCCGCUGUCCCCACUGGUACCGGGCAGACCUCUGCAGAGCUGGAGGUGGAGCCCAGGCAUUCCCUGGUGUCCUUUGUGGUGCGCAUCAUCCCCAGCCCUGACUGGUUUGUCGGCGUUGACAGUGUAGACCUGUGUGAGGGAGGACGGUGGAAGGAGCAGGUGGCCCUGGACCUUUACCCCCAUGAUGCAGGGACUGACAGUGGCUUCACCUUCUCCUCCCCCAACUUUGCAACCAUCCCACAGGAUACGGUGACUGAGAUAACAUCCUCUUCUCCCAGUCACCCGGCAAACUCAUUCUACUAUCCACGGCUGAAGUCUCUGCCUCCAAUUGCCAGAGUGACCCUGGUGCGGCUUAGGCAGAGCCCCAGGGCCUUUGUUCCACCGGCCCUAGACCUGGCCAGCAGGGGCAAUGAGAUCGUUGACAGCCUCUCAGGUCCAGAAACACCACUGGACUGCGAGCUUUCCCUGUGGUCAUCCUGGGGACUGUGCAGAGGUCCAUGCGGGAAGCUGGGAACCAAGAGCAGAACUCGCUAUGUCCGUGUCCAGCCUGCCAACAAUGGGACCCCCUGCCCCGAGCUCGAAGAAGAGGCUGAGUGUGCCCCUGAUAACUGUGUCUAAACCCAGAUCUUUGGGCUCAGGUGUGGUCACAGAGGGCUCCCAGGAGGCCAACGACUUGGCUGGUUUUACAUUAUCCUCAGGCUAGGCUGAUGGAUGCUCCUCGCACUGAGGCCUUCUGUGGCAGGCAGGGGACGUCGGUGAACAGGCUCCUUCCACAGACAGAUUAAUUCCCGAGGCUCACAGGUCUGCCCUAAAUUAUGUCCCUUGUAAUUUAUUACUGUUCUGGGAGGCUGCCUUUGUUGCAGAGAGUGUACACACACCAGUGCAGGUCGAGAAGGCACCCAGGCCCAGGAGUUCCACACCCAUGUGGUUGUCAGAUACCUCAGACCCACUGCCCCUGCACCCACUCCCAGGAUGGCCGCCACCUCUGUGCUUCUCCCAGCAUUCAACGGGGCAACCAUGCGAGAAAUACAAGAGGGGCAGUUUUGGAAAUGGCAUUUUACUGAUCUCUCUGCAUCUGAAUAAAAGCGAUCUGUUCCUGACAAAC